GAACCAUGUUCUGCCGUGACAAAGUGACAGUUAUAGGGUAUUUAAAAGAGACACUUUCUCAACGCCCUCAAUAAGUCUAAUAAAAACACUCAAAGUCGUAAAAUCCAGACAUGACUCUUUGCUCACUCCCUCAAGUCUUCCAUGGUCCCCCCAACCUAUAUAUUCUCCUGCUCGUCUUCUCGAAAUGGGCAUUUCUUGUACAACUCACAUUUGAUACCUAACAUUUCAAACAUCGGUCCCUGUAAACAAGCAUUCGUACAUCUACUUUACCGCUGGAGGCACAACGCCAGAAGUACCAUUUUCUGUAGAACGCAGGAAUGCCGAACUCUGACAUGGCAAGUCAUGAUGGCCCAACAACAUGCUUCGCUUUCCCUGAUCCUCUCACUGCACUGACUUUCUUCAACAGCGAUCUGACGGACUCUGUUCUACUGAGUGAUGAGGGGUUCAUCGAAGAUGAUGAUGGACGUGACGAUGAGUUCUCUGUCCCUUCGACCUUUUCGGCAAUAUUUCCUGUUGAGCCACUUCUUUUACCAUUGCCCGAGUCUAGGAGUACCAGCACGGCAGCGACGAGCCCAGGACCCAGUAGUAGCUCACAGUACGGUCUAUCUGAAAGCGAUCCAGAUAUAGACGAGACAGAAACCCCAAUACAAUACCCUGAUAAUGACUGCUUGUCCUCAGGCUCCUCUAGUGCCAGUUCUGAAAGCGACGACGAUGCUGGCAUCCUCACGUCCCUUCCUCGUCGUUUCCAGGACCGCAAUAGCCCAAAUAAGCCGCUCAGAAUCCUGACGAUCGUGUCACCAACACCAAGACUCGACACCGAAACAUCUUCCGAGCCUGGCUCAGAUUUUCCAUCGUAUCAUGUGCACCAACUCGACUGGACGCAUCCGGUCCAUGCUGGUGAGCUCCGCAAGCGCAGCGAACAACAUGACAGGGAGAUCAAGGCACUAUUUUGGGACACGAACCAUAUAUUCAGACCCACGGAUGUCCCUGGGAGUUCGCAGUACAGAACAGAGCUGAAGGACUGGCGAAGAAUGCGUCGAGAAUAUAUCAUGAACAAACCAACUGCUCAGCAGCAAGCGCAAAGUCAGCGGCUUCUACAGACAUUGCCGGAUCUUAUCAAGAAAAGAAACCGCUUCUUUGACAAGAGACCCUAGGGACCAGACUGGGUGUAAGUAUUGUAGAAGACGAAAUGUGUAAGAAAAUAUCUAUUUGCCCUACGUGAAAGAGAUUUGGGGUGUGUGGCUUUGGUGAGAAACCUCUGGUCGUUGGUUAAUCUGACGCACAUUCUGAAAUAGGUCGGCGUUGGCAUCACAGCCUCAGGGAACGGGGAAAUAUUCAGUGUCAAACAUCCAAUGUCAAAGAAACCCAGCGCCAAAAGCUGAUUACCAAUAGAUUCAUCCAUCAUGGAAUGAGUUCAUGUGAGGAGUUGUUGCUGUAAACACC